AAGGCGUUCAUACGUGCAUUCAGAUAUGUAAUGUUAAAAAAAAAACAUAGACACAAAUAUAAUUAAUGCCAACCAAUAGCGAAACACAGCAUAUUUUAAUGGGUAGCAUUUGACAGAACGCUGUCUCUGUAUCCUAGCAACCGACGUGUUGAUGAGCGUAGUCAGUGAGCUGUAACGUUAGCUGCUGUUGGGCUAACGUUACAUACAUGGUUUUCGGGAUAUUUCAAUUUAAUACGGCUAUUAAUUUGCACUUUUCUUUGGUAAGCAAACUGCUCUGUUAACCAGAUGGAGAACGUGCAUCCUGUCCCAGAGGAAGAGGAGGAUGAUUUGUAUACUGGCUACAAUGAUUACAAUCCGACUUUUGACUCGGAGGACCUUCACAACGAUGUGGACUUUCAGCAGGCAGUCAGAACUAGUCAUGGCAGAAGACCACCAAUGACUGCAAAAUAUCUUGGCACUGCAAUUGGAGGACGACCGAUUGGAACAGCUUAUGGGUCUCGGAUGCCUGUUGGCACUGCUAUGGGAAGGCCUAUGACUGGAGCUGUUCAGGACGGUGCGGCUCGUCCCAUGACUGCAGUGCGAGCAGCAGGAUAUUCUUCAUCUAUAGCUAGAGGCUCAGUGUUUGAUCCCCUGGGGCAAUCAAAAGGACCAGCCCCUCCAUUAGAGACAAAGAAUGAAGACACUCCAGAGGAGAAGAUAAAGAUCCUCGAAAAGAAGGUGAAUGAUUUGAUAGAGGAGAGCUGUCUUGCUCAUGCUCGUGGGGAUCUUCAGCUGUCUUUAGAGAAAGCCAAGGAGGCUGGCAGGAAGGAGAGGGCUUUGGUGAGACAGAGAGAACAAACAGGCACUGCAGACCACAUCAAUCUGGACCUGACCUUCUCUGUGCUGUUUAAUUUAGCAAACCAAUAUGCCAAUAAUGACAUGUACACUGAGGCCGUGAACACUUACCAAGUCAUUGUGAAGAACAAAAUGUUCAAUAAUGCCGGACGACUGAAAGUGAACAUGGCAAAUAUCUAUUUCAAGCAAAAGAACUACACAAAGGCCAUCAAAUUUUACCGCAUGGCUUUGGAUCAGAUCUCAAAUGCCCACAAUGCAAUGAGCAUCAAGAUCAUGCAGAACAUUGGAGUUGUGUUCAUACAUAUGGGUCAGUACUCAGAUGCCAUCACAUCCUUUGAGUACAUCAUGAGCGAGAGCCCCAAUAUAAAGACGGGCUUCAACCUCAUCCUGUGUUACUAUGCCAUCGGAGACCGGGAGAGCAUGAAGAAAGCUUUUCAGAAACUCAUUUGUGUGCCCCUCGGUAUUGAUGAUGAUGACAAGUAUAUCCCUCCAAAUGAUGACCCUCAUGCAAACAUGGUGAUUGAGGCUAUAAAGAAUGAUAAGCUUCACCAAAUGGAAAGUGAGAGGAAAGCACUUGCAGAAAAAUACAUUAUGACCUCAGCCAAGCUUAUUGCUCCAGCCAUUGAGUCGUCAUUUGCUGCUGGCUUUGACUGGUGUGUGGACAUGGUGAAGGGUUCACAAUACGUGGAGCUUGCAAAUGACUUGGAGAUCAAUAAAGCUAUUACAUACUUGAGACAGAGGGACUUCAAACAGGCAGUCGAGACGCUAAAGAUGUUUGAGAAGAAGGACAGUCGGGUAAAAAGUGCUGCUGCCACUAAUCUUUCUUUUCUUUACUUUUUGGAAAAGGAUUUUGACCAGGCUGACCGCUAUGCUGAGCUGGCCAUGAGCGCCGACCACUACAACCCUGCUGCCCUAGUGAACAAAGGCAACACAGAGUUUGUGAAGGAGGACUAUGAGAAAGCAGCAGAGUUUUAUAAGGAGGCUCUUCGUAAUGACUCAUCUUGCACUGAAGCUCUCUAUAACUUAGGGUUGACCUAUAAGAGGCUGGGUAGACUGGAGGAAGCCCUGGACUGCUUCCUUAAACUGCACGCUAUCCUCAGAAACAGUGCUCAGGUCAUGUACCAGCUGGCUAAUCUAUAUGAGAUGUUGGAGGACCCUCAUCAGGCCAUUGAAUGGCUGAUGCAGCUCACCAGUGUGACCCCCACAGAUGCCCAGGUGCUGGCCAAACUGGGAGACCUUUAUGAUAAUGAAGGAGACAAGUCACAGGCCUUCCAGUACUAUUAUGAGUCAUACAGGUAUUUUCCCUCAAACAUUAGUGUCAUUGAAUGGUUGGGAGCAUAUUACAUCGACACCCAGUUCUGUGAAAAAGCUAUUCAGUACUUUGAGAGAGCUACCCUCAUUCAACCGACACAGGUGAAUUGGCAGCUGAUGGUGGCCAGCUGUUAUAGAAGAAGCGGGAAUUAUCAGAAGGCACUUGAGACCUACAAGGACAUUCAUCGGAAAUUUCCUGAAAAUGUUGAAUGUCUACGCUUCCUGGUCAGGCUGUGCACAGAUAUGGGACUAAAAGAGGUGCAGGAUUAUGCCACCAAACUCAAGAAAGUUGAAAAAAUGAAGGAGAUCAGAGAGCAGAGGAUGAGAUCUGGGAGGGACAGCAGUGCUCGAGGCCGCAGGGAAGGCAGCGCUGGCAGUGGGAGCAGCUCAAGCCCCAUCAAUACCCCUCCUCUGAGAGCCAGUGACAGUGGACAGAGCAACCAUGGCACCAGCGCCAAGGGUGAAAGGCUUAGCGUUAAACUGAAAACUCUUCCAGGGUCCAAUGAGCCGUAUGAGGCCAGCACUCAGCAGGAAAUAGAUGCUUCGUAUGUCGAUCCUUUGGGGCCUCAAAUGCAGAGACCGAAAACUGCAGCAAGAAAACGCACUGAGGAAGAUGAGUUUGCUGAUGAAGAGCUGGGAGAUGACUUGCUGCCUGAGUGAUGUGUGCAAUGGAUAUCAAUUAAGUGGAAUAUCUAAUAUAUGUCAAGACACUAAAUUUGUCUGUAUUUUUUAGUACUGUAUUUUUAGUAGUCCUAAAAUACUAAUUCUU